AUGAACGGCACAGAGGGACCAGAUUUCUACGUCCCUAUGUCCAAUGCUACUGGCAUUGUUAGGAACCCCUAUGAAUACCCCCAGUACUACCUUGUCAGCCCGGCGGCAUACUCACUCAUGGCUGCCUACAUGUUCUUCCUCAUCCUCACCGGCUUCCCCAUCAACUUCCUCACGCUCUACGUCACCAUCGAGCACAAAAAGCUGAGGACCGCCCUGAACUACAUCCUGCUCAACCUGGCUGUGGCCGAUCUCUUCAUGGUAAUUGGCGGCUUCACCACUACGAUGUACACCUCCAUGCAUGGCUACUUCGUCUUCGGAAGAACGGGCUGCAACAUUGAGGGAUUCUUUGCUACCCAUGGUGGUGAGAUCGGCCUGUGGUCCCUGGUUGUCCUGGCUAUCGAGAGGUGGUUGGUCGUCUGCAAGCCUAUCAGCAACUUCCGCUUCAGUGAGACCCAUGCCAUCAUGGGCGUGGCCUUUACCUGGGUCAUGGCUUCUGCUUGCUCCAUGCCCCCUCUGUUUGGCUGGUCUCGCUACAUCCCCGAGGGCAUGCAGUGCUCAUGUGGAAUUGACUACUACACACGCGCCCCUGGGUACAACAAUGAGUCCUUUGUCAUCUACAUGUUCAUCGUCCACUUUCUGAUUCCCCUGUUUAUCAUCUCCUUCUGCUACGGCAACCUGCUCUGCGCUGUCAAGGCAGCUGCCGCUGCCCAGCAGGAGUCUGAGACUACCCAGAGGGCUGAGAGGGAAGUGACCCGCAUGGUCGUCAUGAUGGUUGUCUCCUACCUAGUGUCCUGGGUGCCCUACGCCAGUGUGGCCUGGUAUAUCUUCAGCAACCAGGGAUCAGAGUUCGGCCCCGUCUUCAUGACAAUUCCGGCAUUUUUUGCCAAGAGCUCGGCCCUGUACAACCCCCUCAUCUACGUGUUGAUGAACAAGCAGUUCCGCCACUGCAUGAUCACCACCCUGUGCUGCGGGAAGAACCCCUUCGAGGAGGAGGAGGGAGCCUCCACCACUGCCUCCAAGACCGAGGCCUCCUCCGUGUCCUCCAGCUCUGUGGCUCCUGCAUAA